GAAAGAAAAGGCAGCAGUCCUAUCCUCAAGCAACUGCAGAAUUGCCCCAGCGCCCCGAAAUCACAUUUCUUCCUCCGACGGAAAGGAGGACUUGUCGGUCUCCACUCCUCCGGCCCUCCGAACCAUUCCCCCUUCCCCGGGCUCCGAGUAGCGCGACUUCAACUCUCGCCAGUAUAGCCAAAAAUGAGGUUUAGAGCCUCUUCGACAUGGCCUGCUCUGCCUCUCCACGUAUUCCGACCCCACCACAUCUCCCAUCCCCACGCCGCCGCCGCCGCGCUCCUCCGCCGCCCCGCCACUUCUUCCCGCGCCCUCCACGCGACUCCUUCUUCCGGAAACUCCGGCAGCGGUGGCGGCGCCCAGGGUAACUUUCUUCUUGUUCCUGGCGCGACAAUGGCUACUAUCCUUAUGCUUGGGAUUCUCCAUGCUCGGCGCCUCUAUAAUGACAAGAAGAGCCUUCAGCUACGAAGGAGGCUCAGGAUCGUGGUAAGAGCAUCACGUGAUAGAACUAGUUGGGAAAAGUUCCUAAUCACGUGGAAGGCACAUUUCUGUUAUACUCCAUGGAAUUGCUAUCCCCAGUCUGCAAAGCAUGGGCCAGGGCACUUCAUUCAGAGAUCUGGUCAUUUGGCUAUAGAUUUGGUGGAAGCUGCUUUACCACUAGAAAAUUAUGCUUCUUUACACGAGUUCUUUAUUCGAACCCUUAAAGAAGGAUCAAGACCUCCUAUUGAUCCGGACCCAAAUUGUCUGGUCAGCCCUGUGGAUGGUAAAAUUUUGCGUGCUGUGAAACUUAGAGGUCUUGGUGCUAUGGUAGAACAAGUCAAAGGCUUUUGUGACACCCUGCUUCUGAGGGGGGUUUCCAUUCUAGAACUACUAUAUUCAACCGAGAUUCAUCUCAAAGUUCCGGCUUUUAGAGGUUUUAGUCCUAUUGUACCUUAUAUAGGACUAUUGCAAAUCCUGGAGGUGUCACACUUUUCAUAUUUUGCUUCUUUACUUCUUCAUGCAAAUUCGUCGCUUCACAAGUCAGUUGAUGAAAACAGUUGGAUAAAACAGUUGUGCCUGAAAAUUCAGGCACAAAACCAUGGUAGAAUUCUCUUUGGCAGCACGAAGAGAGGUGUCUUUUAUUGUUGUGUUGUAUACCUAAAGCCAGGUGAUUACCAUUUAGUGCACUCCCCUGUUGAUUGGCACGUCUUAAAACGUUGACAUUUUUCAGGUUAUCUUGUCCCUCAGAAUUAGCAUGCUGUACGCAUCAGAAAUUUGUAUGUUGAAAAUGGAGGGGUGGUUCUUAAAGGCCAGUGAGAAGGCUUUGUAACACUAUCAGCGAUUGGUGCUACCAUUGUUGGAUCAAUCCAACUUCGUUACUCAUUUCAACUAACUUGCAUUGAACCGUUGCUUCAGGUGGCGGCGUUCAAGAUGGGAUCCACCGUCGUUCUUGUCUUUCAAGCGCCAGUUUCUGAAUCACUGGCAGAUGGUCUCUCUUCAGACUUUCGAUUCUGCGUUAAAAGUGGUGAUAAAGUUAAGGUGCGAGAGGCGAUCGGUCGAUAGAAGCGGUUAGCUGGUUACACAGCAUAAUCUAUGGGAAGAAAAUUGAUAUUACAGCAAUCUCACUUAAACUUGUUUAAUUGGUGUUACUUUUGAGAAUAGGUCUUUUUGGUUUGAGCCAUUGAAUCCUUGUUUUGUUACAUCAAAAAUUGCCAAAAAUUCUGGUCUUUCUCACCUUCCGCAGCUCGCAAUUGAAGUGAGGAGUUGAGCCGAGAUUUCCUUGCAGUGGAAAAUCUAAAUUGCUUGUUAGAGUUAUUUUAGAUUUCUGGUGUAAGUAUUUUUGUAAAUUUGAUUGCUCAAUUAAUUAUUAGGUGUUAAUUGUUACA